AUGUUUAAAAUAUUUGAUGCAUUUACUGGAGAAUUAAAAAGAACAUUUUCUCCAUUUGGAAAAAUGUCAACUUCAACAACAAAUAAACAAUUAAAUUUGCCUUUUGUUAAAUGGUCUUUUGAUGAAAAAUAUUUUGCUUAUUCUAGAGCUUCAAGUGAAUGUUUAAAUGUUUUUAGUUGUGAAGAUUUUAAAUUAUGUGAUGGAAAAACUGUUGAAUUGGAAGGAUUGGCUAAUUUUAGUUUUAAUUCUGCAAAGAAUAUUAUUGCUUAUUAUUGUGAAGAAAAGAUUCAACAUCCUGUUCAUUGUCAGUCAGAUUUUUAUUUUGUCGGCUGA